GAAUUUUCUAAAGAAAGGGAGAAAGCUAAAAAGCGAGGAAAAUAUCAGAAAGCAAGGGAGCAAAUGCAGUUUGCUGAGGAUGUGCAAGGUUAUUUGGACUGGAUAGGAGCUGCUGAAGAUAUUAGUGAUGAUGAGGAUAACGGCAUUGCGAGCACUGACAAGGAAAGACGUGAGUAUAACUUACCUUACCCCCAAUUUUUCUGCAAUAAUAAUGCUUCCUAA